CUGGCCAGGCAAAUGCCGCGGCUGAAAUGCAAUAGGCGCGCAACCGAAGCUGCCGUACAUCGCGCGCCAGCAGGUUUUUUCAGGCCCGCCAGCGCCGCUCUGCAGUUAUACAAACAUACUCCAGACACAGGCCAAUACAUCCAAGUCAACGACAUCGCACACAGUGCAAGAAACACCACUCGAGCUACGUCUCGCGCGAAAACACUCUUGUCCUACCUGCCGACUUGGGCCUGCGUCUCUCGACAGCCGGCUGAGCCUGUCCUAUUACCAUAAGCUCAUACAUCUAAGGAGCCAGCCCAUAUGGCUCGCUCUUCAGCAAGUCGCCCCACGAUGGGCGCCUUGGCGCUGCUUUUGGUGGCGAGCUGCUUUGUGGGCGGCGUGUUCAGCGCUCGCAUGGCGAAGCUAGCGCUAGAUGACUCCGCCUCUGUGUCGGACGCCUCCGCCUCCUCUGCCGAUCAGCAGCAGGAGCUGGAGUCCGUGGUGACGGCGCUGGCGCACAUGAACGCCGACAGCGAGGCCAUGCGCCGCGUGCUGGCGUCGGGCGUGUACCCACCGUCGCCCGCCCCUCCCAGCCCCAGCCCGUCGCCUCCCGCGCCUCCCUCCCCCUCUCCCCCGCUUCCUCCCGGCCUUGCGCUUGAGGCGGAGCACUACGUGGCUGGCUUCUCUGCUAACGCCACCAUCGUGGCCGACCUGGAUGUGACCAGCCAGGCAUCUGUGGAUGCCUUCAUUGCCGCCUUCAUCCAGCUCACCGCCACCGCCCUCAACAUCGACCCCGCCAACGUGUACGUGACGCGCGUGACCAAGGGCGGCGCGUCCAGCGGCCGCCGCCGCGCCGCGCUGGAGCAGAGCGGCGCUGCGGAGCGUGUGUGGUCUGCGUCGGAGCUGUCUGCGCUGCUGCCCGGCGCUGGCCUGAGCCUGCUUGCGCUCCAGCGCGUGACGCCCGCCGAUGACGCCACCGUGGCUGGGCUUCGCUCCGCCAAGCUUGAGCUGGUGCUGGGCCCAGGUGCCAAGCUGCAGCAGGCUCGCCGCAGCGCUCAGCAGCAGCAGCCGUCGUCUACUGCGGAUGUGAUUGUCGACUUCACGGUCGUGACGCUGGUGGAGGUGGCGCUGCCUCCCUCGCCGCCGCCCAGCCCGCCGCUGCCUCCUGGCGUGUCUGCUCCUCCCACCGCUCCUGUUUCGCCUCCUUCUCCUCCUCCUCGCCCUCCCCGUCCUCCUCCGCUGAACGUGGCUGUCCUGACAUCCGCCCUGAACGCUUCUUGGGUGAACGAGGCCCCCUCUCCGCCUCCCUCGCCUCCGCCGUCGCCUCCCUCGCCCAGCCCGCCUGCGCGCGUCACGUCGGUCCGCGUCAGCCGCAUGCCCGCCCAGGGCACUCUGUCGGGCGACAGCAGCAAGCCCGUGGUGUGGUACAACGACGCCAGCUUCCGCAGCUACCGCAAGCCGCGCAGCCCGCUGAACCUGGUGUUCUGGAGCGCACGCCGCCAGUGCACCGCCACGGUGGGCGUGUGUGGCGGCUGCCCGCGCGCCUGGGCUGUGCCGUCCAACGCCACGCAGACCACGACGACGCUGCCUCUGUACUUUCGCGAGCCCAUGCAGCUGGACAGCAUCACCAUCACGCAGCUGCAGAACCCCGGCGUGCUGUCUGUGGAGCUUCUGCCGUGGCCCGCCACGCCUAUCCCUGAGCUGCCCGGCGUGGCGCCUGUGUCUGGCCCCAAGGGCCAGCCCGUGUAUUCGGCCGCGUCUGACAGCACGCCCUGCGGCGGCGACCUGGUGAUCAGCGUGCCUUCCGACCGCUCGGGCAGCUCGGAGAGCGUGCCUCCUCGCGGCAGCCAGUCGGAGCUACCGCCGCGCCUGCGCCGCACGGCCGUGGGCGGCAUCCGCAUCACCGUCAAGGCGCAGGCCAAGGGCGCCAAGCCCACCUUCAUUUCGUCGGUGCGCUUCAGCGGCCGCGUGCUGUACCCGGCCAACCCCGCCGCGUACGAUGGCAUGUAAGGAGCUGGCAUAGGCAGGGUAGCUGCUGGCUGAGUGGCUGAGUGGUAGUUAAGCAUGGUGGCGGCUUGCAUGAGAGCAUUGGUAAAAGCGGACAACACGAACCCAAUCCAAGUGAUGCAUGCAAUUCAUGUGCGGACAACCUAGCUUAUGGCAUUUCUUGAUUCUUACGGCGGUGGCGGCGGUGGCUUAGUAAUACCAGGACCUAAUCAUGCAUAUUCUUGCGGCCCCGCACUGGGGCACACUAGCUUAUGACGGACCCUGCUGGCUGGGUAACGGUGACAAUGGUGAUGUUGUUAUUGAUUGAUUGGUGUGGAUCAUGAUUGGCCUCUAGCACAUAGAGCUGGCCCUAGAACGCAGCACGCAAUUCGUGUGGUGCAGCAGCGCUGAACAGGUGCAUGCAUAGCAGCAAAAAGCUUAGGUCCGUGUGAUUGACCUUACAGGGGGCGUUGGGGAAGGGAUGUGGCCACCAGCACGACACCUCGUGGCUGCGCCGCAAUGCGUGAAUGCUAUGAUUGAGGGCACGGCCCUCAGGUCCCACAAGCAAGGACCGCAGUGAACCGGUCAACGCUUUGUGUAAUCCACUACCAGAUGAAGCUUGCUGUCCGCUCCAUGCCUCAGCCGCCACCGCUCCAGCCACCGCAGCCGAAAAUCUGAGUGCCGGCGUGCAAUCUGGGUCGGGUCUGCAGCGCACCGUACACCGCAAUCCUGGGAUGUUGGGAUGGAACGUGGCUGAAAAUCGAGGGCCGAUCUAGGCUGUGCGUCAAAUGCCACGACAUUCGACGGGUGUCAGUACAUGCUCAGCAUGUCACAGGUGUGUCCGGGCGUAUCGCAGUUAUGGGCUUAUGGCACCACAAAGUACAUGAUGUGAAUGGCAGCGGACUCUGACGUAGCGUGUGUGCAGGGGAAUGCAAACAGAGCGGGCGGUGAGCCAUGGCAACAUCCCUUGCGCCAGGGGCCGCGGCCUGCGAGGCCUGUCCGUGCGAGGCACCUCCGAUGCCCGGAACCCCACCCCGCGCUCAGCCCCUUUGUACCCUUUCGGUGUGGUGUUUGUGCAUGCAAGCUGUAGAUGCAGAGCAUCCAUGGGGGAUUGGGGGAGGCUAAACUGACAACAGCCAGUUGCGUGGCCAGCCUGCGAGCAGGGCGGCACGCGGGUCGGACACGGUCCAGCAUGCGUGCAACGGGCUCUGAGUUCCUGCGGCCCAAGGUGCUGCUGGAUAGUCAUACAUAUACUG